CUUACAUUUAUAGGUAAGGACGCAAGGAAAAGACAUUUUUCUCUUCAUUGGCGUACAUAAUAUAACACGUGUAAAUGUCGAUUUGUUGCGCUUGGCAUAAAUGCAGUGCUCUACAUGUGUGAAAGGCCAUGGCCAACCCUUUAAAAACUGAAGUUAUCAGGCUGUACAAAAAUCUCCUGUAUCUCGGCCGUGAAUACCCUCAGGGAGCAGCGUACUUCAAACAGCGCCUGAAGUCAGCAUUCAUGAAGCAUAAAGACGUGACCGACCCGGAGAAGAUCAAACAGCUGGUGGCCCGGGGGGAUCAUGUCAUUAAGGAGCUAGAAGCUCUGUAUUUCCUCCGAAAAUAUCGGGCCAUGAAAAAAAGAUACUAUGAACCCGAAAAAUAAUGGCACACGCUGAUAGCGCCAAGUGGUUUUCCUGGAUUAUAGUGUGGUAAUCGGUUAUUUCGGAUUCACAAACACCUUUUAACACCUACCGGGUCCAAAACGAAGAACAGAAUUUACAACAGCUCCUUUAUUAAACUCAACUAAGGUUGCCUCUGAAAGGGAAAUAAAAUCCUCAUCUCUGGGUGUUGCAAAGCGAUCAUCACUGUCAUUGAUAUUUUGUACCUAAGGCCACUCUUUCAAUUUCAUAUACUGUAUGUAAGCCCAGAAUAUGUUUUAUGCAUUCUUUGUCCCAUUGUCACAUUUUAGUGUAUUUAAAACAAAUGCUGCACCAGAUGAGUUACCCAGUGUUUACACCAAGGUGUCCAAAUUGUAACAUUGAUCAUUUGUACAAGAGGUUGUGUACUUUUUCUUUUCUUUUUUUAAAGCAGCUGUCUUUCUGUCUACCGACUGAAGCUUCUUUAAUGUAAUAUGUGAGUUUUAGAAUGUAUUUCAGUGUAUAUAUUUGUAAAUACAUGCUCACGUUUUUUGAGAAAUAAGUGUACAUGGGAAUGGAUUCAUGUGCUGUUACACAAAAGGCAAACAUAAAUGUUACAGAUUUCUUAGAGUGGUGUCUCGUGUCAUAAUAAACCACAAACACAG